AUGGCCACACCCGAAGCGCUCCUCCUCCUCGCGGCUACGACGUUCGUAGCGGGCGUCAUCGCGCACAUGGUUUGGCAGGCGAGGGGGUGGGCUGCGACCCGCCCGAGGGGAAGCGGGAGGGAGCACAACGAGCAAGAGGAGGACGGAGCGCAGCUCGACUCCCUCUCGCCGCCCGCCAACUUCUCCUCGACAUCCCAAACUCACCACCCUUCUUCCCCAUCGACGCCUCACACCCGCCCUCGCCAUCGCCGUCACGACGAGCCAGCGAACCAGCUAGGCUCAUCCCUCCUCCUCUCCCCUCCCCCUGCCCCUCCUCUCCCUCCCCUCCCUCCGCCCUCACCUUCCACUUCCAUGACCUCGACGUGCCCCGAGUGGAUCUCCCAAGCCGGUGCGACCGAUAGUUGGAGUGAAGCUGUUACGGGGCUGGAAGAAGAAGCGCGGGACGUUUGGUAG